AUAACCGAGCGAGCCUCUCUCAGAGUGACUUUGGAACACGAACGUGUAGAACCAGGCACGCUACUCGAUCAUCUCUCCAUACUGAGAUGUGGACGCGAUGAUAGCCCUCUACGCCGAGCAUCGUCCACGAAGGAUGUACCCUCGAAGGAGAGCGAGCGAGCCGGGAGCUCGAGCGACGAGAGAGGGCUUCUUCGGGUAGAAGCGACGCGAGUGGUCUGGCGGAGGAGCGACGUGGUGUAGCGAGAGGAGAAGCGGCGCUUCUUAAGGGAGAGCUCCGUCUCUACGAGAGGAAUCCUCUUCUUCUGUAGGGUGCGCCGGACAAAACUGUGAGAUCGACAUGUGCUCGCACACACCGAAUCUCGCCCUAGAGCGGAUUCUCGAGAGUCUCCCUCCGCUUGGCGGGAGCACGAAGGUAUCGUAAGAACGAGUACUUUCCCCGCGCUGCGAUUCCUGUAAAAUCUCAUGAAAUAUCGGAUGCUUUUGAUCUGAGAUAGACUAAUGAACGAAUAUCGUAAAUUUGGCUCGGAGAUUGAAAUUGCUACGACUUUAAUUCUCAUUCACAUGAGAGUAAUUCUUAUUCCUGCUGUUUAUUUCUUAUAUCUGUUACAUUGGAAGCUUAGUUCGUCAAGAUUAUAACGGUUCACUUUUGCAGAUAUUAAAACACUUGGUUUUUCGUUGCAAUCAUAUUAAGUCAUAACAGUCAGGAACGAGAAAUAAUAUAAAUUUUUUUCUUUUUAAUUAUGCGUCGAAAUGAAUUAAUUAUUUUAGCAUGUUGCCAUUUGUGCUCAAUGAUGCACAUUGGUAAACUACAUGGAAAAAAUUCUCUUUUAUUAUCAUGUCAAUAAAUUAAUAUAUAAUCGAAUAAAAUAUAAUAUAAUAUAUUACAUUAUAAAUACAAUGUAAUCGAAUUAAUAUAUAAUCUGUAGUCAUAUAUUUUUAGCGACAGUAAAGUGUGAUCAAAACCUCCGAAGAUACAUGUUUGUCGAUCUACGAAACGAAAAUGUUCAAUAUAUUUUAAGCACUGUCAAAUACGAAAUAUAAGAGAAUUAAACUGUUUCAACUGAUGCAAAGGUAAAAAAAAUUCGUAAUUUCUCGUUUUUGAUGUUACGAUUCAAUAUGUAGCAAGAGAGAUCUUGAUAUUUUCGUGCGAUUCCAUUGCUAGUAUUUAACUAUUUAGAUGUAAAUGCGUAACGGUAAGUAGAUUCCGCAGGUAAGAUGUUUGAAGCUAGCUCGCUAUUGUUCAAUCCUAACGGAUCGUCCCGAAGAGUCGAAGUCGCGCCGUAAAUAAAACCUCGUGUGUAAAAUAUAUGUUACAGGAUAUCGCCGUUCUCCGUUCGAUGAUACGAAAAUUUUCCAGUCGUGACGAAAAUAUUCAACGUGUAAUUGAGCAAUAAAGACUCAUCUUUCAUCUCGAGAGCUCGUCAACUGAUCUAGGAUGUCAAAGUUGUUGCGUGCAUCUUUCACAUGCAUAUUAAAAGACGGAUUUUCCUUUACACUAGUCUCGAGUGUUCGACGUUGAGAAACAAAUCAAAGAAAAUCUAAUUAAAGCGAUGUGUCACUGGAAUAAAUUAUCUUGCGCGUUUCAAUUCUGACUUGAAUCUCUAUUUCUUCAAUUAGCUUGCGCUUUUCUUGAACCGCACCAUCGAGUAAAACUUACAAAGAACUUAUCACGCUAUUAAACUAUACAUAAUCUUUAGGUUUCGUCAUAUUGUUAGCUGCGUUUCACUCUUCCAAAGCGUAAAUGUAAGAUUGUAAGAUAAUACUCGCGUUUGAAUAUAUAAACCGCAAAAGAAUGCCGCUAAGAUGCGAUUAUUUGAGUGCGUGGGAAGCGAUUUACAUUGCAUUGAAAUAAUCCUCAAUGGGAGUCUCGUUUAGUUAUAAAUUAGCAUAGGCUGCUAAGUUACGGUCUCAUUAUGUAGUUCUUAGAUAACAUCCUGGCCCCUCUCUCUCCCUCCCGUUCGUGACGAGUCACCGCGGACCGCGAUGACAUUAGCGAUAACGUCGUUCCACGACGGAGCGAUUUUCUUGAAGCGGCUUCGGACAAUCGAUGCCAUUCGAUCUCUCGCGUUUCCACGCACGAGGAGCGGAAAACGUCGGUGGCGCGCCUCGUGAUCGUAGCAGACCAUCCUCGGCGUACGUUCCUUCGUGAUCGCACGGGAAAUCGAAAUCGUCCAUAAAUGGCCGAGGACUUACGGGAAGGGUUGCUGCUGGGAAUUGGAAAUCCUCUCCUGGACAUUUCAGCAAACAUAGACCAUGAAUUUUUACAAAAGUACGACAUGAAGCCCAACAAUGCCAUUCUCGCCGAGGAAAAACACAAGCCUUUAUACGAGGAGCUGAUAGACCUGUACAACGCUAGCUUUAUCGCGGGUGGAUCUGUACAGAACACCAUGAGAGUGGCACAGUGGUUCCUGCAAAAACCAAAAGUUGCCACCUACAUGGGCUGCGUUGGUAGGGACAAGUAUUCCAAGAUCCUGGAGGACAAGGCAGUCGCAGACGGCUUGAACGUCCGCUACCAGUAUACCGAUCAGGAACCGACUGGAACGUGCGCGGUACUGAUCACGGGGAAAGAACGCUCCCUGUGCGCCAAUCUAGCAGCAGCGAAUUGCUUCUCGCCGUCGCACAUCGAAAAGCCCGAGAACAAGCAUCUGAUAGACAUCGCGAAAUACAUCUAUAUAUCGGGAUUUUUCUUGACAGUCAGCCCCGAGUCCAUACAAACGGUAGCCAAGCACGCUCACGAGAACGACAAGAUAUUCAUGAUGAAUCUCAGCGCGCCGUUUCUGUGCGAGUUCUUCCAAAAACCGAUGUUGGCGGCGUUCCCCUACGUGGACAUCCUGUUCGGAAACGAGACGGAAGCGGAAGCGUUUGCAAAGGCCAACAAUCUUAACGAGACGGACAAAAGGCAGAUCGCGCUGAAGAUAUCGGAGAUGGAGAAGAUCAACGACAAGAGGAAAAGGAUCGUCGUGAUAACGCAAGGUGCCGAGGCAGUACUCUUAGCCAAAGACGGAACGGUAACCGAAUAUCCCGUCGUAAAAGUGCCGGAGGAGAAAAUUGUGGACACUAAUACCGCCGGAGAUGCUUUUGUCGGAGGCUUUCUCGCGCAACUUAUCCAAGGCAAAAGCAUAGACACGUGUAUAAAGUGCGGCAUUUGGGCGGCGGCGCAGAUCGUACAAACAUCUGGAUGUACUUACGAGGGCAAGCCGAACUUCCAAUCUUGAUCGGCGCUAAGGCGCGGUAGCAGUUAUAAAUUGUGUACUUAAUAAACAUCUUAAUGAUUUUUUUUUA